AAUAAAACAAGAGGAACCAGAAACCUGGAGAAUAAAACAAGAGGAACAAGGAGAGUUCAUUGAAGAAAAAGAGGAAAAUGAAGAACCAAAUCAUCAAGAUAAGCAGCAUGCAUGUGAUCAAUGCGGUAAAAUGUUUUUAUGGGCUUCACUUCUGAAGAAACACUUGAAAGUUCAUGCAAAGAAGAAUACACAUUCAUGUCAUUUGUGUGGUGAGAGUUUUUUACAUCUACAAAGUUUGAAAGAACAUCAGAAAAUACAUACUGAUGUGAGAGAGUACGUGUGCUUUGAGUCUGAAAAGACUUUUAGUUCAGCGAGCAGUUUAAAACUACAUGAGAAGAUCCACACUGGAGAGAAACCUUACAAGUGUUCACACUGUGACAAGAGAUUCAGUCGGUUAACACAUCUGAAAACACAUGAGAGGAUUCACACUGCAGAGAAACCUUACAAGUGUUCACACUGUGACAAGAGAUUCAGUCGGUUAACACAUCUGAAAACACAUGAGAGGAUUCACACUGGAGAGAAACCUUACAAGUGUUCACACUGUGACAAGAGAUUCAGUCGGUUAACAUAUCUGAAAACACAUGGGAGGAUUCACACUGGAGAGAAACCUUACAAGUGUUCACACUGUGACAAGAGAUUCAGUGUGUCAUCAAGUCUGAUAACACAUGAGAGGAUCCACACUGGAGAGAAACCUUACAAGUGUUCACACUGUGACAAGAGAUUCAGUGAUUCGACACAUCUGAAAACACAUGAGAGGAUCCACACUGGAGAGAAACCUUACAAGUGUUCACACUGUCACAAGAGAUUCAGUGAUUCAACACAUCUGAAAAGACAUGAGAGGAUCCACACUGGAGAGCAACCUUACAAGUGUUCACACUGUGACAAGAGAUUCAGUGUGUCAUCAAGUCUGAAAACACAUGAGAAGAUUCACACUGGAGAGAAACCUUAUAAGUGUUCACACUGUGACAAGAGAUUCAGUGUGUCAUCAAGUCUGAAAACACAUGAAAAGAUUCACACUGGAGAGAAACCUUAUAAGUGUUCACACUGUGACAAGCGAUUCAUUCAGUCAACAGAGCUGAAAACACAUGAGAGGACCCACACUGGAGAGAAACCUUAUAAGUGUUCACACUGUGACAAGAGAAUCAAUAAUUUAUCACAUCUGAAAAUACAUGAGAGGAAUCACACUGGAGAGAAACCUUACAAGUGUUCACACUGUGACAAGAGAUUCAGUGUGUCAUCAAGUCUGAAAACACAUGAGAGGAUUCACACUGGAGAGAAACCUUAUAAGUGUUCACACUGUGACAAGCGAUUCAUUCAGUCAACAGAGCUGAAAACACAUGAGAGGACCCACACUGGAGAGAAACCUUAUAAGUGUUCACACUGUGACAAGAGAUUCAAUAAUUUAUCACAUCUGAAAAGACAUGAGAGGAUUCACACUGGAGAGAAAACUUAUAAGUGUUCACACUGUGACAAGCGAUUCAAUGAGUCAACAGAGCUGAAAUCACAUGAGAGGAUUCACACUGGAGAGAAACCUUACAAGUGUUCACACUGUGACUGGAGAUUCAUUCGUAGAGGAAAUCUGAAAAGACAUGAGAGGACUCACACUGGAGAGAAACCUUACAAGUGUUCACACUGUGACAAGAGAUUCAGUGGUGCAUCGAGUCUGAAAAGACAUGAGAGGAUUCACACUGGAGAGAAAUGUACGAGGGAAGUGUUCCAUUAAGUCAUCUGUUAUACACAGUCAUACAAAAUACAAUCACAAUAAGGCCCCGUACACGCGAAGACACAUUUAGUUGUAUAUGUAAAUAUUUUGUAUGGUAUAUGUGUUUCGUCCAGACGGAUCCAGCAUUUUGGGAGAGUGAAGUAAUUUUUUUUAAACUAGGUCCCAGAGAGGAUAUAUCUGAAAAUGACACCUUUUUUUGCUUUUGUGUACUGCCAAUCCAUAUAUUUUGUUAAACAAUGAUGUCAUCAACCCACUUCUCUACUAUAGUCAGACACCGCUAGGUCAUGUAACACCAACAACAAUGGGGGACUACAUGUUUGUGCUCAUGCUGUAGAAGCUACUGCGCCUAUUAGCUUGACUAAACUUACUAGUGGAGCAGCACGAUAUUGGAAAAAACAACACACAUUGUGAUAAUUUUUCUCUGCAAUGUAUAUUGCGAUAUGGAAAAAAAUCACCAGAUGACUUGAACUGCUCUAUUUGG